UACAUCCCGGUCCACUCAGCUCGGGUGUUUGAGCUGCAAUUCGAUACAAUGAACUCACUUUUCAAUUCUGCUCUGAAGCAGUCUACGGCCAUACGGCAUGAUCUCGACGCUUUUGCCGAAUCACCGGGUACUGCGUCUCCUGCCCUGCAAGGACAAAUAUCUGCGUCACUUGCAUCCUUUUCCCGGACGAUAGACGACUACGCAGCUCUCGCUAAAAGUGAACUUAUACCAGAGAAGAAAGAGAAAGCUAUUGAACGCGAAAAGUCAUUUCGCGCGACUUUGCUGGAUUACAGACAGCAGUUCGAGCGACUGAGGAAAGAGAGGGAGGAGACCGUCUCCGUCACGAACCGCAGUGAACUCUUUGGUCGCCGUCCACAUCAUGCCGCUACCCCAGAAAAUCCCUACGCAGAUCACGCCUUACCUCGAUCUUCUGCAUUCGGGUCCGCAACCGCCUCGAGUUCCGCAGCAGCAGGAGGUGGGCUAAGUUUUGGCGCCGGUCCAGGGAGUUACGAUCGCGAAACACAUGCUUUACGCGAACAAUCGUUCUUUGCGCAAACGAAUACCCAACUCGACGAGUUUCUUGACCGGGGGCGUGCCGUGUUGCAGGAUCUGGGCCAGCAACGAGACGUCCUCAAGAAUACGCAGCGGAGGUUGUAUAGUGUUGGAAAUACGCUGGGCAUCAGUGGUGAUACGAUUCGUAGGGUAGAGAGGCGAGCGAGAGAGGAUAAAGGGAUAUUUUGGUGUGGAGUGGUGGUGUUCUUUUUGUUUUGUUGGCUGGUGCUUCAUUUUUUGAGGUAGUGAGAUUCAGCUUUGUAUUGUUAUUGUGUUUGAUCGAGCAUUUAGCAGGCGUCGUGAAUAUCAUCCAUGUUG